AUGUUCUUGGGAUUACGCAUUGCUCCUGCACGACACCUUCUCUGCCGACAAUACAGUGCUGCUGCUGCUGCUAUCAAGCCCGACAUUAAGUUGUUGAAGCAAUUGCGCCAGGAGACCGAGGUUUCCAUGACAAAAGCCAAAGAAGCCCUUGUCAAGAACAACAAUGACUAUGCAAAGGCCAUGGCGUGGUUAGAGCAAGACGCACAAGCUGCUGGUGCCAAAAAGGCUCAAAAGGUUGCAGGACGAACUGCUGGCGAAGGUCUUAUCAGUAUCGCAUCCGUUGUUGCUGAAGGUGCUCCUCGUAGAAGCACUAUGGUGGAGCUUAAUUGCGAGACUGAUUUUGUUUCACGUAAUGAUGUAUUCAAGAACCUUGCUUCGCGUAUUGCUGCCACCUCUCUCUUGUUGCACGAUUCAUCCAAGGCCGUUGAACAAAUUCCAGUUGACAGCUUGUUACAAGCACCCUUGAUGCCUCACCCCGACGAUGCUACUGCUGCUCCAGACGCUACCAAAUCAGUUCAAGAGGUCAUUGUUGAGACGAUUGGCAAGUUGGGCGAAAACAUCACAUUACGUCGUGCAGCCGUUGCAUCAGGUGGUGCUGUUGGUCAAUACAUUCAUGGUGGUGAUACCGCUACCGGCAAGAUGGGUGGUUUCGCUGUCCUUGAGCCUCGCAAGGUGGAAGCGAAUGCUGAUGCAUUAACCAAGGUCGCUCGUCAAGUGGCUCGUCAAGUCGUUGGUUACAAUCCACAAUAUCUUAACCAAGAAGAUGUGCCUGCUGGUGAAUCCGCUGAUGUCUCCGAAAUCGUCUUGACCAAGCAACCCUUCAUGUUGAACCCUGAUCUCACUGUUGCCGAGCACGUAGACAAGGCUGCCAAGGAAGCUGGUGUUGAGGAUGGUGCUAUCGUGACUGGAUUCUUGCGAUGGCAAGUGGGUGAAGGCAUUGAAAAGAAGGAAAAUGACUUUGCUAGUGAAGUACAAAAGGCUGCUUCCGGUAACUAG